GCGCAAAGGAAGAAUUACGGGACAAACGGUUGUAUUAUCAUGCUAUGGCGUAUCAUAGCUUCGCAUAGAUGUAGGAAAGUAGCCUGUGGCUGCACGAUGCGUACGUCAUAUCAUUUGUCAACGGACGUAAUUAUUGCAAUUCUUAAAGUGCUUCCUUUUUUCUCGUUACGUGGACACGAACGUUACCAGCAACGCCAAUUGCACAUCAGACCUGAACUGUUAGCGUUCGAUGCUGAGUUGGCAGUCUUGAACGCGACAACUCUGUAACUGUACUAUAUAUCGGAUGGUACCGUGAAUUCAAAGUGGUGUUUAGUAAUGAAUGUACUUAAACGAUAUACUUAAAUAUUAUUACUUAAUGAGCUAUGAGCGGGCAAAAAUUUCAAUAUGACGAAAGCGGCGGGACAUUUUUCUACUUUUUACUGUCGUUUCUGGCGCUUCUCUUGAUACCUGGGACGUAUUAUCUUUGGCCACGUUGUCCGAAGCAAGAUCCUGAUCAAGAGGCAAAAGAGUGCCAAUGCGAUGGAUGUAAAAAGAAAAAGAUUAUCCUGCAACUCAAUGAACCGUGGAAAGAAACCAAAGCAUUAUUUACAAAAUUCCUUAUUAUCCUUGGAUGGGUAAUACUUCUGUUUCUGGCAUAUAAAGUAUCACAAUUUGACUAUGAAAUGGCCAAUUUUGAUCCGUUUGAAAUACUUGGAGUUUCUCCUGGUUCAUCGCAGAGCGACAUUAAAAAAGCUUAUCGUAAACUUUCUUUGAUUCUCCAUCCAGAUAAAGAAACUGGAAAUGAAAAAGCAUUUAUGAAACUAACCAAAGCUUAUCAAGCAUUAACGGACGAUGAAGCACGCAAAAAUUGGGAGAAGUACGGAAAUCCAGACGGUCCAGGUGCAAUGAGUUUUGGUAUAGCUUUACCAUCCUGGAUCGUUGAAAAAGAAAAUUCUGUAUGGGUUUUGGGAUUAUAUUCAUUGGUGUUUAUGUUUGCUUUACCAACUGUUGUUGGAAUGUGGUGGUAUAAGAGUAUUCGUUACACUGGUGACCAAGUACUGUUGGCGACUUCUGAAAUGUAUUAUUUCUUCUUUUUCAAGACACCUUCGGUGUCACUAAAAAGAGUAAUCAUGAUUCUAGCUGCUUCUUUCGAAUUUUAUAAAAAACAAAAUGCAGAAAUAGUUGAAAGGCAUACGGACAGGGACGAAAUUCAUUCGCUCAGUAAGCAGUUACCUCAACUGGGAGCAAAAAAUCAAGAAGAUCCGCUAUGUAAUUCAUAUUCCAUUAAAGCUAGAGCUUUGCUUCAUGCACAUUUAUUUCGUAUACCAUUAAAUCCAGAAACAUUGGACAAAGAUAGGCAGUACAUAGUAAAAAAAUGUCCAUAUUUAAUUCAAGGAAUGCUAACUUCUCUAAAUCGAGUAAUUUUGUUAGCUUAUGCUAAAAGAGUUCCACGUUUACCAAGUAUAAAAACAUUAGAAAAUUGUAUGAAAUUGUGUCCAAUGAUAGUACAAGGUUUUUGGGAAUUUAAAAAUCCUCUGUUACAAUUACCACAUAUAAGUGAAGAUAAUUUAAAAUGUUUCUUAGCAAAAAAGCAUCAAAUCAAAAGUCUUCAACAAUUCGCACAAUUGAAAGGAGAAGAACGAAGACUGAUUCUUAGAAAUUUAUCAGAUAGCCACUAUGAAGAUGUUAUGAAAGUUCUUGGAAGUAUGCCAUACAUAGAAUUCAAAGUACGAUCCGAAGUAAUUGGUGACGAAAAUCCAACGGUUUAUACUGCUGGUGCUGUUGUAACUGUAACAGUGUCAUUAACACGCAAAGACAUGAAACAUUUAUUCGGCGACGAUACUGUCAAGGAACAAGUAAUGAUCGAGGAUAGUAAAGCCACCGCCGAACCUACCGACGAAGUAUCAGAAGAACAAAAUCAGUCUGUAAAGAAGCCUGCAUGGCUUAGACAAAAGAAAGGUCAAAAGAAAUCUCACAAGAAAGGCACUAGUAAGAAAUCUACAUCUGUUAAAAAUGCACAGACGCAAUCACAGUCUGGCAAUAGCAAUGCUCAACAAACAAAUACUCCUAAUUCAAGGAAGAAAGAAGAUAAAAUAGAAAAAGAGUCUUCCAAAGAUAAGUUGUCGGAUGUUAGUGACAGCGAUGUUGAUAGCGACAGAAGCGACGAUGAAGACAGUCAUGAUAAAAAGGAUGUGGCCGUCGACGACGAUGAUACCGAAUGGGAAAGAUUUCAACAAAAAAUUUCUAAAAGAGAAAAAGUUUUAGAGGGAAGAAGUAAUUUAUCACACGAAGUGCAUUGUCCACUCUUUCCAGAUGUUAAACAAGAGUAUUGGUGGGUUUACAUCUGCGAUCGUAAAAGUCAGACUUUACUGACACCACCUAAUUAUGUUACAUCAUUAGCACACUUUGAAGAAGUUCAGUUAAGAUUUACAGCACCACGAUGGCCUGGUGUUUAUACAUUUACUGUAUGUUUACGUAGUGAUUCUUAUCUCGGCUUUGAUCAAGCUCAAAAUAUUAAGUUGGAUGUAAAAGAAGCACCAGAAAUGCCCACAGAACAUCCACAAUGGGAUAUUUCAGACGAAGAAACUGCAGAAGAUGUUGAUGCAGCUGAUGAACAUUCCGAGUUCACAACCGACGAAGAUAUCAGUGAAAAUGAGUAAUAUCUAUUCCUCUCAAUGAAUUGGACAAACAGAUACUCAAAAGAAUUCGCGUUUUUCCUCUUUUUUUACUUAUCAAGUUAAUGUACAAUGAACUUUUAUACGUGGAAUUGCAUAAUCGUUGAUGUAUGUGGACAAUCUAGCAAAAUAGUACGGUGUGUAAGAUUUCUCAACGAAGAGAAAGUAAUAGUAAAUAAAAAUUAUAAUAUUUAUUUUAA